AUUUUCGUCCAAUAAAAAAAUGAUGAUUUUAUUACAAUUUACAAGUUUCCUUCAUUCGAGCCUACGAGGAGGGAAACUUAACUAACUGAAACAGAAAGAAAGUGCUAAGAAAACAUAAUAAACAGCUAAACAAAACAAAACAAAACAAAAAGGCUUACAUAAAAUCUCAGUCACAUUGAUAGAACUUGAAUCUUUGUAGUGCAUUUUUUAGUUCACUGAAUUUUAUUUUUUAGAGAAAAAAAAAUUUUAAUUCAUGGGUACUCUGAGAGUUCCAGUUGUUGUUCCUUCUCCAGACCAAGACUGUGAGAGACUGAAGAAAGCCUUUGAUGGAUGGGGAACGGAUGAGGCGGCGAUUAUAUGGGUUUUAGGCCACAGAAAUGCAAGCCAAAGGCGGAAAAUUAAGGACAGAUAUCAACAGCUUUACAAUGAAUCACUCAUUGACAGUCUCUAUUCUGAACUCUCUGGUGAUUAUAGAAAAGCAGUGAUUUUGUGGACACAAGAUCCUCCGGAAAGGGACGCCAAACUGGCAAAGGAUGAAUUAAAGACAAAGAAGGAAGGAGUCAAUCACCUAAAAGUGAUAGUUGAGAUAGCAUGUGCAUCAUCUUCUCACCAUCUGAUGGCAGUCAGGCAGGCCUACUGUUCUCUCUUUGAUUGCUCACUUGAAGAGGAUAUUGUGUCUACUGUUUCUCCACCACUCAGAAAGCUUCUACUGGGUCUCGUGAGCUCGUACAGGUAUGACAAAGAAUUGGUGGAUAAUAUGAUCGUCAAAUCAGAGGCAGCUACACUACAUGAAGCCAUCAAAACAAAGCAAUUAGAUCAUGAUCAGGUUGUGUGGAUACUCAGCACAAGGAAUGUCUUUCAGCUCAGAGCUACUUUUGACUACUACAAGCUACACUAUGGAAAACCCAUUGACAAGGAUAUUAUGAGUUGUGGGAAGGGAGACUUGGAGUCUCUUUUGAAAAUGGUAAUUUGGUGCAUUCACUUUCCUGAGAAACAUUUUGCAGAGGUAAUUAGAGAUUCCAUUAUGGGGUUAGGGACAGAUGAAGAUUCUCUAACAAGAGCAAUUGUAACUCGAGCUGAAAUCGAUACAAUGAAAAUCAGAGGGGAGUAUAACAUGAUGUACAAUGACAGCCUUGACAAUGCAGUUACUGGUGAUACAUCAGGAGACUACAGAAACUUCUUAAUGACUUUGCUUGGAGCAAAAAUAUGAAUCACUCUCUAUCUACACCCAUUUCUGUUUUCAUUCAUCCAUGACCUUCUAUUGUUUUUUUGGCCUCAUUGGAAUAAAAUUUUGUUGUAGGAGUGUUGCUUGCAGAAUCAAAGCUUGAGACCUUACUGUUUGCCUGUCAAUCUGAAUUGAUUGAUGUACAUAGAGAUUAUUUUCCUCUUUUCAUGGAAAAUUUGCUUUCCUCUCCUCAUACUUGGUUUAUAUGACUGUCAUGGUUGUGGAUGAGAUUCCUAUUCUGAAAACUGCUGCACUUGGGAAAUUGGUUAUUGAUAAGUUGCCAUUUUCAAUCAAAAUGUAACUUGAACUUGGGCAAUAAGGCUACCUACUUUCUGA